CUUUUUCCACCUCUGGCCUUUAGGUAUACACAGUUUCAUUAAGUUGUUUACAUGUUAGUUCUUACUGCUGAGGAUCUUUAAUGAGAUCCAUGGAGGAAAAAAGCAAUAUGAUAAAAAAAUAACUGGGCACAGACUCUUACAGACAGCUUACUUUGUUCUGGAGAUGAACACUCACAAACUGUGUGUUUUAAGGUAAAUGAAAAACACUCUCAGGUGACAUGUUUACCUCUGUUCUUUCUUUAUGAUGUGCCUCAUUUUUUAAACAACAUCAAUGGAAAAUAAAUUAAAUGUAACAUUCAUAACUCUUGGUGGAUACGUGGAACUGGAGAAAUACAGAUAUGUUUAUUUUGUGUUGUUAUUCAUAGUAUAUAUUCUCAUAAUAUGCAGUAAUUAUGUUAUUGUGUAUCUUAUUUGUAUUCACCAAAACCUCCAUGAACCCAUGUACAUUUUCAUUGCAGCUUUGCUACUGAACUCUGUUCUUUUCAGCUCUACUGUAUACCCAAAGCUUCUGACUGAUAUUUUAUCUGAUAAACGGAGGAUUUCAUAUUCUGCAUGUCUGUUUCAGUUUCAUGUAUUUUACUCUUUCGGAUCUUCAGAGUUUUUACUGUUGGCAGCCAUGUCUUAUGACAGAUAUGUGUCUAUAUGUAAACCUCUACGAUAUCCAACCAUCAUGACAAAAACAAAUGUUACUUUGUUCUUAGUUUCAGCUUGGAUUCUGCCAGCCCCACAAAUGGCUGUUACAACAAGUUUGAGUGCUAAUCAAAAACUCUGCAGGUUUACUUCAGAAGGAGUUUUUUGUGAUAAUACAAUUUAUAAACUUCAAUGUGUGGAAAGAAAAGCACACAUUAUAGUUGAUAUGUUAAUUUUGCUGAAUGUUGCAGUUAUCCCUGUGCUUUUCAUACUUUUCACAUACACCAGGAUAUUUUUAAUAACCUAUCGAAGUGGCAGAGAAGUCAGAAAAAAAGCUGCACAGACAUGUUUACCUCACCUCAUAGUUUUAUUCAACUUCUCCUGUUUGUGUGUGUAUGAUGUCCUUACAGCUCAGCUGAAUUUGGAUUUUCCAAAAACUAUAAGAUUAAUAAUGUCAUUACAAAUGGUAAUGUAUCAACCUCUCUUUAAUCCUAUCAUGUACGGACUACAAAUGAAAGAAAUUUAUAAACACCUGAAGAAGCUGUUUGGAAAAACACAGUAA